AUGAAGAGGGAGAGCGAUCCUCUAAAUCACCUGGGAACCAGUCCCCUCCCUCCCCGGCUGCAGCCCCACCUGUGGGAAAGCUUAAAGUCCAGCCUGGGUAGGUCUGGACAGUCGGAGCCGGCUCCCCACAGCACCAUGGUGAAGUCCAGCAGCAUCGUCCUCCUGGUGGGGCUCCUGGCACUCUGGGCCGAGCUGCCGUCUGCAUCUGGCCAGAACAUUACCAAGAAAGAGGGCGUGUGCCCAGACACAGUGGUGGAGGCGGCUAACUGCACGGAGAAAUGCCAGGCCGACAGCGACUGCGAGGAGAACCUCAAGUGCUGCCAGACGGGCUGCGGAUGGUCCUGUCAGCUCCCCAACGUGAAACCCGGCUCGUGCCCAGUGGUGUCAGGCGGAAUCCCCUUACUGGGCCUGUGCAAGAACCAAUGCACAAUGGACUCGCAAUGCGCAGGGACCAUGAAGUGCUGCAUCAAUGGCUGUCGCAAACAGGCGUGUGUCCGGCCAAACUUUUAA